UUCGUGUGCUCCAUAUUCGGGAGUCCACAACCCUCUUCUCAUCAUGGCACGCUCCUCGAAACCAAGAUCUAUGUCCUCCAGCAUGUCCGACUCGGCGAGUACGGCGUCGAGCGACCUACAGCCACCGUUGGCGAGACCGCUGUCAACCACCAGCUCGAGUGUAGCAUCGGUCCCUCACGAGCGUGCAGAGAGGGGCAAACCUGAGGCUUCUUCUCACCCGAUUAAAGAGGACGACGUGAGUCCACUCUCUCAAAUUAACGCUCAGAAAGCGCCUGGAUCGUAACGGACAAGACUCAGCUCGGACCCAGCACCCUCCCAAUCUACUUUUCCUUCUCUUCAACAACCACCCCUCUGGCCCUCUCUUCCCCACACACAUUCAUGCACGGCCUCCUCCAAGAUGGCUCCCUGCACGGUCCCUUCGUCGCCCACCCCUCCGAAUCUUCCCUCCCACACAUCAUCUCCCCCUCCGACCCCUCCUGGCACGGGGCCCCGGCACUCCCGAAGAGGAAGGGCGACAAGUACAUCCAAGGCUUGAGAAAGCUUUAUCUCGAUGAAGCGCUGAGUCAUGGACAAGUAUGGGACGCGUUCAAAGGGAGAUUACAAGUCUAUCAAUCAAAGAAUCUGAUAUUCGAAGAACCUGUCAUUGUCAAAACCACCGACCCUUCUCGCUUCCCGCCCAAACCCCACAUGCCAGGCAUGUUCACCGAAACCGAAGCCCGACGGGCAAUCUUUCACGAGAGCAAGAUAUACACCGAUUUUCUGGGGAAUCUGCAGGGGAGCGUAGUGCCGGGGUCGUAUGGUCUUUGGGGCGGACGGCUAAAGUUUGAUGCGGAUGAUGACGAUGAGGAGGAAGAGGAAGGCGGAGGGGGAGGGGAUUGUGAGGUUUGGGUAAUGAUUUUGGAGAAUUGCGGAAUGCCUGUCGACGUUGCGCGGUUAUCCGAAUCCGACAAAAAACAAAUCCUCUCCCACUACACCGCCCUUCACGACUCCGGCAUCUUACACGGCGAUCCCGACCCGCGCCAUUGGCGAUACCACCCCGACGGCGGGAUCCGUAUCAUCGAUUUCGACUCUGCCACCGUCUUGCCGACGCAUACUGGCAAGGUGAGGAUGAAGGGGGAUGGGAGAAAGGCGAGGAUGAUGGUGGAGGAUGAGAUGGAUCUUGUCAAGCACGUGUUGAUCGGGGAUGAUGAGCACUGGUAUGUGUGAGGGUCAACCGUGUCAGGGGAGCGGUGAUAAUUGUGUAUAUUCUCACGUCCGUUACGACUGUACAAUACAAAGACAACACAUAGACUCAGUACACGACUCGGCGCCGCUCUACGCUCUUGCUUCAUCCGCAAAGUACUUUGUCGCGUCCCUUGAAUUGAACGAAGCCACAAUAUGGGCAUGUGCGAGCUUCCGGGCAAGUCGUUCAUAUCAUAGAAACCCAAGAAGAGCGAAGAUUGCACAGUAAACGAAAAAGCGAAAGCAAGGCAUAACAAGAUUGGAGGUUGGGUAUUGACGGGCAGCAUGGAUCGUGACAUCCAUGCGGACAUAUCUAUGCACUCGUC